GGAGCACCCACGCCGCUCGGCGGCCUAGUACUUUUUUUUGGAGGGUCACGGUAGCCUAGCACUGCCACAGCGUGCACGCUUCGGUUCCGGCCACGGGAAAACGUUUGGUGGAUGGAGGCGCUGGGCCUCCUGGGCCGCGCGUGCCGCCUCGGCCACUCCUGCCGCCGCAGCACGGCCACUCCUUCCCCUCCCCCUCCUCGCAGCAGCAGCAACCGCGGCAGAGCCGUGCGCGCCGGAGCCAAAGCCGCCUCGUCGUCCGCGCCGCAGGCGAUGGAGGCCAAGCGGGAGGAGAAGCCGAGGGUGGUGACGCUCCGGCCGGUGGAGGCCACGCCGGAGUCCUUCGCGCCCUUCGGGCAGGUCAUCGCCGCCUCCCCCGACGGCGACCAGUUCGGCCCCCACGACGCCCAGCUCGACCUCAGCCGCGGCAUCCCUAGGUUCUACAUCAUGAGAUUGGAGAGCAGGCCGCUCAAGUUCUCGGCAAUCACCCACCACGCCAGCGUGACGCAGUGCCUGGGCUCCAUCGGCGGCCAGGACUGGUACCUCGGCGUGGCCAAGCCUUCCAUCGUGAACGAGCACAGUGGCCAGGAUGGUGGCAGGAGUCCCGUGCAGUCGCGCGCCGGGCACUACUAUCUGCCUCCCGAUCCAGCCGAGGUCUGCGUCUUCCGGGUCUCCGGCCCCAAGUUCCUCAAGCUGCACGCCGGGACCUGGCACGCCGGGCCGCUGUUCAAGGCAGACGCCGUGGAUUUCUAUAACCUGGAGCUGAGCGACACCAAUGUCGUGGAUCACACCACGCACCACUUCAAGGAGCACGACGGCGUAACCUUUACGAUCGAGGACUGAGGACCCAGGCACAACAAAAAAACGGGUGCGCCUCGCUGAUGCUGUUCUUCAGCCUUGCCUCUAUGUACUCUUUGACGUGUGAUGAACAUGAACAUCCAGUAUGUAUGUAUGUGCAAUAAUCUACUUACUGCAAGUCAUUUUAUACGUACUUACGUACGCAUCA